GCGCUACGAUCCACAGCGGCUGGGGCCAAAGCGCUUCCGCCUUUGGAGCUGCGGCGUUCGACGCGAGGACAUCGAUCUCGUGAGCUCGCGGGGAAUGAAAUUGAGGUGUUCACACUUCCUCCCAGACCUACCGAGCGGCAGAGCCGAACCUAGGCCCUGCGUGGUGUAUUUGCACCAGAAUGCCUCGUGCAGGUUAGAGGCUUUCCAGCUGGUCCCGCUCUUCCUUCCGCUGGGCAUCUCUUUGUUCUGCUUUGAUUUUGCGGGCUGCGGCGAGAGCGAUGGCGAUUACAUCUCCCUCGGAUGGUUUGAGCGAGACGACUUGGCAGAUUGUGUGAAACAUCUUCGUGACUCCGGGCUGGUAUCUUCCAUCGGACUGUGGGGUCGGUCGAUGGGUGCCGUCACCGCUUUGAUGCACGCAGACCGAGAUCACUCCAUUGCCGGCAUGGCCGCCAUGAUGAAGGGAGCUUAG